AGCGAGACACUAUGGAAAUGCAGUGGAUGUGUUUUUUUGGGGGGGUUUUUUCCAGCUGCUGUACAGGGUGGGGGAACAAAGGACGACCGUUUUCGUGAGCCAAGGCAAAGCACAACCAUUUCUGACAGCGACGGCAUGAAAAUGUUCAGGGGCGAAUUCUGAAUCCACAGAGCUUGUUCUCAAAUCACACCGGCAACCGCCGUUUUCAGUCCUGAGUUUCUUAUUAAUCAAGACACCCCUCCAUGCUCAUAUUCCCCUCGUCCUAGAGAGAGAAGGUCUUCCCCAACUGCAUUUACCAUCAUCUCGCCAGGUCCUGCACAGCUGAAUAAGGAAGACACUAUGAAGGACGGCAUGACUAACAACAGCACAGCCAGUAUAUCCCAAGCCAGGAAAUCGGUGGAGCAGCUCAAGAUGGAAGCCUGCAUGGACAGGAUAAAGGUGUCGAAGGCUGCUGCAGAUUUGAUGGCAUACUGUGAUGCUCACAUAAGGGAGGACCCGCUCAUCUGCCCAGUGCCAGCCUCUGAAAACCCCUUCCGGGAGAAGAAAUUCUUCUGCACCAUCCUGUGAGACCCUUGUCAAUACCACCACUGCACAGUGGGAUCAGUCCUGAUUACAACAACGAUGAUGAAGUUGAUGAUGAGCAGCAAAAACCUCUAUAUUCUGCUCCUUAUAAGAGCAGUUGCAGUUUGGUAGCUGCAGGGGGCGCUGAAGUCCAAUAACCAGUGUCAUUUGAUUGUGUGCAUUUCCUUUAGUUAUGCUUAUUAUUAGAGGACAGUAUUACUCAUUGCCUAAAAAAAUUAAUUCUUGAAAACCUGUUUUUAAUUGGUUAGCUUUUAGGGUCUGAGGAAACACAAAAUGCCACAGGAGAAUUGUCAGUCUUCUUUUUCUUUGAUUUGAUUUAUUUCCAGAUUACAAAUUAGGUUUCUAAAAUCUUUAUUUUGCUUAAUUCUCCAACAUAAGAUAUGACUAAUCUUUGCAAAACUGAGUGUAACCCUAAGUGGUCUAUUCUGAAGAAAGAACAUACAGCCGUGGCCUAUGGUUUUGCAUCACCCUAUGGAAUUAACUCAUUUUGCUUCAUGAAGUCGAAUGAAACCUGCUAAGUGGUACCAUAAACUGGUAUCAAUUGCAACUGACGCCCCCGUGUGUAUCAUUUUUUGUAUACAGUAAUUCUCUUUAUAGUUUAAAAAUCUUUCACCUACUUCCAUUAUUUCCUUGUUUAGUUUUGUAUACCCACGUCCUUUUCACUGAAACUUUAAUAGGCCACUUCCUCUAUCAAAUUGAUUUAGACAGACCAGUUGCAAUCUAGUCUGAGUACCAAUUCAAAUGGGUUUUGUCUUGGUCUGCUGCUGAUUGAACAGAACAGGAUUUCAACUCACUUUGAACGCAGUACCAGUGUCAAGUGGUGCUUCUAUCACUCCAUGACCCUGAAUCAUAGCAAUAGACAUCUAACAGUGUUUAUAAACAUUAGAUAGUUGGCAUAUUCAUUGUGGUAACAAGAUGCCAUAAAUUAAAUUAUCUAUUUUCAACAGUUUCUCUCGCUGAAGUUAGUACAGAGUAAUUUAACCUCUACCUGGUCCCAGUAAAACAUGCAUUUAUUUAUUAACCUAAUAAUUAGGGUUUUGCAGGCUCCUAACUGGCAGUGUUCUGCACUCAGUCUUGCAAGGUGUUCAGUGUCACAGUCUUUUCUCAGUUACUUUCCAGAUAACCAACUGACCCCUCAUUUUGUCUGGUUACUUGGGUUAUAGUUUGGUUUGGUUACCAGUUAUGUACCCAUUAUCUCAAUAGUCCUUAAUCGUAUACCCAUGGCCCUAUUCAGUUAUCUAGUUGCUAGGCCUUAAAAAACAGUAUUUUGCUCUAUUUUAGUGGAGCUGUUGUGCCAAGGCUUGCUGUUAAAGUGUGCUGCCCAAAGUGUCUAUAACAGUCUGCUAUGUUCUGGAUUAAGAGUUGCUGCAUUCAGAGUUGAAUUAGUCCAACAUUUACCUAGGGAAUAAAAGAAUAAUAUGUGGAAUGUAAAUUGAUUAAAUCAACAAUGAGUUACACGUCGUGCUUGACCCUGAUCCCUUGCUAUUUACAGAACAUGCACUUUUACUUUUAAUGCCAUUUGUAUUCUGAUUUCCAAUCAGACUAUACUUGCGAUUGCCUCAUCCAAUAGCCAAACACCCAAUUAACCAGUUGAUGUCUCAAUUACCAGCUACCACCUCGACCCAUCUCUAAGCCAAAUAUAUUUUAUUAAGACUAAUAUCCCUGUCAACACUCUGCAUUAUAGUGCAAGUAGUGAAAGCAGCGGGUACCAAUGUACCCAUUAGCAGCAAUGCCAUGACGUUUCAGGUUGACAUAGUUCAAGGUUAAAACUGAUCAUAACGCAAUGCUUUUAUUAUUGUCCCAACUUGUCAUGUGUACACCUCUGAUUGUAUAUUGGAAUGCAGUAUAGUGUGUAGGUAGCUCUCAUUUAACUUGACAUAGUUCAGCACACUGUUGCAGACGGAAAUUACACUUUCCCUUAUAAAACUAUACGCAAUGUUGUAGCCAAAGCUAGCCAAGCAAAUUCAUGGUCAGGUUCUAAAAAGCUAAAAUGAAACACACCGAAGUGAAAUACACAAGUUUAUCAUAAAAUAUGAUUGUGGCUAUGCUGUUUAACUGAUUGGUUUGCCUGGCUUAUUCUAUCCCAGCUUUACUCUUUAUAUAGUGUCCCCUCUGUAGAGAAACCCCUGUAGCUGCUAUAUGUCCAUGUCAUUUCCAUGUGACUUGCCUGUAAACCCCAGUGUGUAACAUGCUAGGCACACACAUGCAUUCCCUUCGCUCAGCUUCUGUUUAUUUAGGAAGAGACAUGCAUGAUGUUAGUUUUGUCAAGUGCUGUGAGACAGAUGUAUCUUAGAUUAGAUCACAGACUUGACUCCUUUAAAAAAAAAAGCACAAUUUUAAAUAGUUUUUUUUUUUUUUUUAUUACAAAUUUAAAGUAGAAGUAAAAUAUAUGUUUACAAUAUGUUGUAGAGCUCUGGUUUGUAGAUAGAGGAGGAACGACAUGUGGUGCUCCAGCUUUGACAACAUAUUAAAAGGUGUAUCUUGUUUUGUAAAGUGUACUGUACAGAAAUGUGAGUAGCGCAAAAAGAAUAUAAUUCUGCAUUUAGUUCUAUUGUGCCAUGUGUUGAAACCCCCAAUAAGUAAAAACAAAACAACUACACCAUUUUAAAGAGAUGGUGGGGUCUUUUUUAAUGGUCUAAACAGUGAGGGAUAGAAACACAGAAGCCCUUUAACUCUUUUUAUUAAUCCAGAUCGGGUUUUCCUAAGAGGUGAUUUAUAGACACACUUACUAACCUCACUAUACAGCACAAUCAGGCUCUCGAAAAAUCAGCUUUAUACAUUUUAAGGCAGCAGUAUUAUGAUCUGCCACAGAUUAGAUGAUUAAAAUAGACCCCAGUCUAAAUGCCUUGAAAAACAGUUCUCCAACAAAGCCAGCAAUGUCCAUUAUCCCAACACACCCAUUUGUUCCUGGUACAUUUUUAUAUGUACUGUUUUUGGCCAGUUCUUUUCAAAUGCCUAUUCUUGACUCCACCUCUUGUUUAUCAGUAAUAUUUGAGAUUAUUGCACCACCUCUCAAUGGGAGUAUACUGGUAGUGUAGGAUCAAAGGCUCUUCUAAAAUAAUGUGCCAUCUCUCUUAGCAACUUGGUAUGGGUAUGAAAUAUCCUGGUGCCUUUUUAGGUUUCAUGCCUCCAAGUACAUCUGGUGUUUACAGGACAACUACUGUUAAUUUUGUUUACAUAAUGUAUAUUUAAAAAAUGUACAGUAUAUAGACGCCUGAACUACGUCCUACUGGUACAGGGUUUCACAUUUUAUUACACUAUGAAUAUGUGUGUAUUUCUGAAAAUGCUCAGACAUCUACAUGAGCAAUGGUUGCAGUAUUAGCACAAAAAGCAAGAACAGUGAAUACAAAAAUGAGCAAACAGCUCUAAAGUUUCAAACUAACCCCUGAACAAAUAAUAUAAAUCCCUAGAUCCUUGUCAAUGAGUAAUGGUUUCUAUGAUGAUAAAUGAUCUACAAAUGCCCUCUAAAUCAGAUGACUAGAUUAUUCCACUAAACUAAUGUUGCAAUUAAAAUAUACUGUAAUGCAAAUAGAUUGCGGUCAUGUUAAAGCCUAGAAAAUAUCAAAAAAAGUCUUAUAAAAUAACUGCAUUGCUUCCACUAUGCUUAUACCAUGAGUUAUAUAAAUGCCAAAUAACAAUGUUUAAAGGGCAAGCUCACUAUAAUUCAGUUCCAGUCCUGUGGAGCUGAGUUCAAGUGCUUUUUUAUCUAAUUGAUCGAUACAGCAUAGUUAGGGAUGUAAUAAAACACAUUUGCUGGUAGGCUUUGAAAGACAAAGAGCCUUCGCUCAUUAAAAGGGUAGGCCCCCCAGUGCGUGGUUAAGGCAUUUUAGAGCCAUGUGGAGUAGCUUGCAUUGUGGUGGUUUGCUUUCUGGUGAUCUUGAAUCUCUAGUUUUAUUGUCCCUCACCUGUUAUUAGCACUAAAUGUGCUCAAAUAAAACAAACAAAAAAAACUUUUUGUUAUUAGGAAAUGGUUACCUCAUUUCAAAAGGUGUGGUGAAAAAACAGUUACGAGAUUGGGAAUAGGAUAACAUAAUAUGUUUUUAAAAAUAUUACAUAGUAGGGUUGCCAACAAGGGCUUUUGCAAUUAGCUUAUGAUUGGCUUCACAAACCCAGAUUGGAACUAACUAACUACCUUAUUUUUAGUCAAGGCAGUCCAGGAUUAUUGCUAAUCACGGUCAGUGAAAUUUGUUUUAAGAAAAUUAAUAGGAAUAAAAGCAUAAAGCUAAAAUAAAAAUCUUACUCUUACAAUGAUUGCAGUGCUGUUGAGCUGAUCUUCAUGUGAAAGGUUUGUUUGACUUGUUAAGGAAAGUUUUUUUUUGUUGUUGUUGUUUUUAGCUUGGACCAUGUCUUAUGUAUGAUUUCUGGUUGUAGGAAUCGUGAGAGUUACAUGCUGUAAUCACAUGACUCAUAUGAGGAUACAGAAAAAGACCAAUGACAGUGCUUGCUUAUGAGCGAAGUCACGUGCAUUCCAUGAGGGGCACACUAAAAACACAAUUUUCUCAAAGAACUUCUUGCUAAAAAAAAAAAAAACAUUGUGUGUGGUUCUUUCAUAACUGGAACUUUAAGUAAGGUUUACUUUAUGACCUUUAAAGUCUGUCAUAAUUCCAUUGUGAU